UUAUUGGAUGCCUAAAAUAUUUUUUCAGUCUGUUCUUCGAACCUGUCGGUACAUGGUUAGGUUACCUUGAAUAUUUCAGUUGAUUUUUUCCAUGUUCGGUGUUUGAUAUUGUUUACUACUGUUGAAAAUUGAAGAGUGGCAAACAAAAUAGUGUUUGUACAAAUAUCAAAUCAAACCUUAUCUGUCAAAAAAUAACAAAUAUUUGACCUCCGGGCAAACAGUUAGUGAAAACUAUGAAAAUGUGCAUUCUAUUCACUAACCUACCGCGAGGACCCUUAUAACAUACCUGGUCACUGUUUAAAUAUGUUGAAUGCCGUCAACGCGAAUACAAUAACAUUAUGUCUCUUCGAAAUGUCUCAGUUCUACAUGUAUGCAAACAGUGAAAACACAGAAAUCUGCUUAAUAGAAUCACAUUUGCCGUUCCUGUUUGAGAAUUCUGAUGAAUUAAAUUUGAAUUUCCAGGGUAGGCGAGUGUGAAUAAGGAUUACAGCUACGUGAAAUAUUCGAAAAUGGCGAGUUGGGCGAAUCGACCUCCGAUUGGAGAAAGUACUCCCGGUUUUAAUAAUUCGUCGACUCGUAAGAAGUGGAAUCUUGAAGACAAAAAAUCAUUGCGCAAUUUAAAGUAUCAUUUUGCGGAGGAUGGAUGUUCAGAGGUCCAGUACACAUUGGCGAAGCAACUUCUAGAGGAGAAUGCCGAAACAGAUCCGGCCCACAACCAUACCCAGGGUGUUCACUGGCUGUUGCGCGCUGCACAGCAAGGCCACGAACAAGCCAUAACACUUUUGAGCGAAUGCUACCAGACGGGACGUGGAAUUAAUGAGAGUAAUGAAGAGGACGUAAAAAGCUGUUUAGCGAUGAGUCCGGGGGAAAGAUCAGCGAGAAGAGCUGCUCAGGAAUUGUUUGCUUCUCUGUCCAAUGGCGAGGAAUAUGUAACAGCAGCACAGCUAGAGAAACGGAUGAGGGAAAUUUAUAAGUUGGAUAAAAGGAAGAAAAUAACAAAUCAGGAUGGCGUAGAAACUAGCGAUGUUCGAGUAGAACAAAGUUCAGAUCGGAAUGGCAACAGAAUAAAUCAUAGCCCGGGACAGUUUCAGCAAGUGAAUCACAUUUCAGAAGCGAAUCUACUAUCUGCUGCUGUGAACUAUUCCAACGGCAGAUUGCCGUUCGUUGGUAAUGCUCUGACCUUAUCGGUGCCGAACCCCCAGAGUUUGGAUCAUAUACCUUGCUUCCACCGGCCAUUCUUUCAUCCUGUUAUGUUUUUCUCGCUUCUCUACCAUCGACUUCUCUCUAUUAUGGCAUCUUUCCCGGGUUCUGGUUUCACAAAUAUACAGCUAGUGUUAGUCUUCAUCGCUUACUCGCUGUUUGCCAGCAAUUCUCUCUUCACACUCAUACCUGUUGGGGCAUAUUAUUUGAGCCUAAUUGUGAUGGUGCUGUGCAGCUUCAAAAUGUUGAAAACCAAACACGAAUUCAUUGACUUUCGAAUGUGGUCUGGUUUGUUCCUACGAUACGGUGAUGAGCAUCUCAAUACAGUUAAUUCGGAAAAUCAAUACCUCCGAAACAACCUUCGGCCGUAUCUCUACUUCUUUGUUGCCUUUUUCGUUAACGUUAUGCUCCAGCCAAAUAUCAACGAUCAAUGGUUACCUUUCUCGGAAAUAACUGUCGUUGCUUUCGUACUCACAUUCGUGACAAUGCUAGCCUUCAUGUACACAUCGGCGGGACCAUUCCCAGACUAUAUGAUUUUGUUUUCCUUCGGAUUGAAUGUUCUCGCCAAAUAUCCGUACGAAAUGGAUUCGGUUGUGACCACCGGAUGGCGUUUCUUAGAUCUGAAAGUACCAGCAUUUUCUACGUUUGUGAUCGGAAACGGAAUUGAAUUUUGCUUGAACUGUCGAGCUCUCCUGUAUCUGAUUAUACCAUUGUUUCUGGCGUUCAUCGCUCGUAGAAACGACUGGAGGGGUGUAUAUCAAUUUUUAAUUCCCCAUUGCGUCACCUUGGCAUGGCUGCAAACUUUUAUCAUUGGAUCUCAAUCAGCGACGAUGUUUGGAUUGGUUCGUGGUGCCCUUGGCCUCUCAGGACUGCUGUUGUUCCUUCCACUAUUUGGUAUUGUGACACUUUUGAUCCCAGUUUUUGCGACGAUUGAAUGGCUAUCGCUAACCGACUCGACGGUGAGGAUGUGGUCCUCUAUAGGUGCUGCCGCGUUCGUUAUUCUAAUUUCUUUUUACAUGGCCGCAUCUCGACGAACGGAAAAGUACAUCACGUUUCUCCAGAUAGCGAUUUGCCUCAUAGCGACCAUAUUCCUUACACUGCCCCACAUGAUGUCCAAUUUCGAAUCGGUGCACUCGUCUGAUGAGGGGCUAUAUCAAUCGAGUACAAUUCCAUCUGAGUCCAAAGACCAAUCGCUCAAUUGGGAAGACUAUUAUAAGUUUUGCCACCAACCAGCGUGGGAUCAGCUGGGGAAUCAAAUUCAAACACAGUUGAGAUGUGCUCGCCUGGAUGGAACCGUUGUGCGUUGGGAGGGCAACGUGGGUAGCUUAGAAAUCACAAACAGGCGCAAUCUGCUAGCCGAUAUGAUACGAACAUAUUUACCAAAAUCCUGGGCAGAUCGAGUUGCUUGCUUCUACGGCGAAAGGGUAGAGCAUAUGUGCGGUCCCGGGGAGGAUCCGCGGCAUUGUGGAAAAAUGAAAAUCUUCAUGCAACAGCAUGCGCGAUGUCAUCUGGACAAAUGGAAUACAUACGAAUACGAAAUCAAGGUACACAUGCACAAGGAGUGGCUCUCGACUCCAGCGGAAGUCACACUGAAAGCGCAGCACGCCUUUGGAAAUUUUAGCCAGAGUCUGAACAACAGCGAUCGCAUUUGGUUCAUUGGUAUUUUGCGUAAUUUUCUGAAACCCAUGAGCAGCCCAACGCAUUCCCAACCCGGCCACAAUGCUGCCAGCUUUAAUGAUUUGCACAUGGAUAUCGCCGGGAUGAACAACGGAGAAGCCGAUCCUAACAAUAUGAGGCUGGGCAGGAAAAAUCCAUUGAUUGAGUUGCUCUCGAUUGGCUGUAUCAAAUGCCAGAAUCCCAAACUAACGUCGGUGCAUAUUUCUGAAGGAUUGAAGGUUAAUGCGCGAAUGCGGGACAUACUGCGUGGUAUCAAGUAUCUGCUGAAUGUUCUUUUCAAUCCAUUGGUCAUUUUUAAAUAGUGAGCUCAAUCAAAGCCUGAACCAUUUUUUUGCAGUGGUAGCUUUUUGUUGUCUGUGUUGUCUGUGAAUGAAUCUUUUACCACUCGACUGCUGUACUGAGUAUUGAACUUUAUCUGAACUUUGAUUAGGGUAGAAAUAAAUUAUUCCUAAUAUAUAUCGCUGUGAACAAGUUAACAUAGAGUGAAGAUGUGAACCUUCCAUUGUGUGUGACUAACUUUUUAUUCUCUUGAAAGAGAUUCUUGUUGUCAGUUUAUGUAAGUAGAACAUAAAGAUAGAAAUUAAAGGAAAACAUUGGAGUAUAUAUGUA